GGGGCAGCCCCGUUGCUAUGGCAGCGGGGGGCCUUCCAUGGGGACGGCGCGCAAUAUGGCGGCGCCCAUGGCGAGCGCGGGAACGGGGCCGCGGCCGGGGCGGCGCUGAGCGCGGGGGCCGGAGCCGGUACCGGGCAGCGGAGCUGGGAGCGCCCGGGAAUGGCGGAGAGACCGGGACGGGCCAGGGCUGCCAGGGCCCGGAGCAGCUCGCCAGAUCCCAUCGGGGACGUGCUCGGGGAGCUCCUGGGAUCCGAUGAGGAGGCUCCGGCUCCGCCCUCCCGAGGUUCCCACGCCCCCUUCCUGCAGGUGAGCCCCAGGAUCCAGAUGAUCCCAUGGAUCACCGUGACCCCGUGGAACACCCGGAUCACCAAGGGCAGCUGGAUGACCUGGACGAGCUGGACGCAGAAAUCCUGGGAAUGGCCAGAGCCGGGUCCAGGCCGGGGAAACGCGGUGGGAAGGGGCCGGGUCCCCAGAAAGCCGCGCCCCCCCCGCCCCGAUGUCACCUUUGGGGACGACGUCGAUGACCUGAUGGACUCGCUGGGACUCGGCAGCGGCGCCGCCGGAGCCGGGAGCGCCGGGAACGCCGGGGGGGGGCUCCGGAGGGGCCGCGCCGGGAUCCAGGAGCAGCCGGGAAAGGCGGAAUUCCAGCCGGAGCCCAGGGGGCAGGAGCAGCCGGGGCCGGGCGGGGCCCAGGUGGAGCCGGGAUUUCCCUUCGAUCCUACGAGCCCUCGGUGGCCUCGGGGACCCGGCGGAGACGGAGGUGUCCUGCUGGGAGCAGCUCCCGCCGUCCCUCCGGCCGCCUGGCUGGGGCUGAAGGACGAGGAUUUCCUGGGAUUGGAGGAUGAGGAUUUUCCAGGAUUGGGACAGAAGGACAAGGAUCCUACAGGACUGGGAUCGAAGGACAAGGAUUUCCUGGAGUUGGGAUCAAAGGACAAGGAUUUCCUGGAGUUGGGAUCAAAGGACAAGGAUUCCUGGGAUUGGGACCGAAGGAAAAGGAUCCCGCAGGAUUGGGACAGAAGGACAAGGAUCCCUCAGGAUUGGGACAGAAGGACAAGGAUUUCCUGGGGUUGGGAUCGAAGGAAAAGGAUCCCCUGGGACUGAGAACCAAAGGACAAGGAUUUCCCCAGGAUUGAAACCAAAGGACAAGGAUUUCCCAGGAUUGAAACCAAAGGACAAGGAUUUUCUGGGGUUAGGAUCGAAGGACAAGGAUUUCCCGGGACUGGGACAGAAGAACAAGGAUUUCCCGGGACUGGGACAGAAGGACAAGGAUUUCCCUGGAUUGGGAUCGAAGGACAAGGAUUUCCCGGGACUGGGACAGAAGGACAAGGAUUUCCCUGGAUUGGAUCGAAGGACAAGGA